CCAGAGGGAGCCAUGGCCACAGACAACCCCGUGGAAAGUCUCCAGGAGGAAGCUACGUGCCCCAUCUGUCUGGAGUAUUUUAAGGACCCAGUGACUAUAGACUGUGGGCACAAUUUCUGCCGAGCCUGCAUCGCCCAGUGCUGGGAGGGAUCGAAUACAGACGUCUCCUGCCCUCAGUGCAGAGAAACUGUGCAACAGAGAAACCUCAGGCCCAACAGGAAGCUGGCAAAUAUUGUGGAAAUAGCCAAACGGCUGAGUUUACAGGCAGCAAAGGGAGCAGGAGAGGAGAGGGUGUGUGGGGAACACCAGGAGACUCUGAAACUGUUCUGUGAAGAGGAUCAAACUUCUGUCUGUGUGGUUUGCCAUCUGUCCCGGGCUCACAGAGAUCACAGGGUGGUUCCCAUAGAGGAGGCUGCCCAGGAGUACAAGGAGAAACUCCAGGGAACUCUGGGCUCUCUGAGGAAGGAGCUGGAAGAGGCCCUGACUCUGAUGUCUAAGGAGGAGAAGAAAACCACAGUGUGGCAGAUGGGGAGGGUGUGUUGGCUGCUACAGCCAUCGGUUUUCAGUGGCCUCCAUGACAAAGCUCUGCAGCUUCUCUGCAGCCUGGAGGAAACAGUUUGUUCCUUCUCGCUCUGCACCCACCAUCCCUGCAGUGAAUCUGCCCAGUGCCUGGGCCAGACACUGGAGCUGGGAGGAUGA